CAUAUUGUAUAAUUUUUUACGACUUCGUAGUUGUAUUUACAGCGUUCUUUUAAAAUUUCUUAUACUUGAAAACGUGAGGGGGUUUGCCUAUUGAGUGAAACGCACAGGUUCAUAUUGUCAACAUUCAGGCAGCUGCUUACUGUAGUGUACUAUCGUAGUCUCGAUGAGAAAACUACUAGCCGAAAGAGUAGAGUUUUUCUGCUCAGUGAGCGUGAUGCUUAUAGUUAUUGGAUAGUUUCGGUCUUACUUUCAUGCUUAGAAAUGCCUCUCAGAAAUAAAAGUUAAGUGGAUGGUUUAUAUUUGCGUUGUGAACUUAAAGUAUGCGAUUGUCAAAACAUUAGACAAAUGUAAACAUGGCGGCAGACUGUGUGGAGCUGUGUUUAUGUUCACAUAGUGUGGAUAUGCGAGGGUCUUGAGAGAGAAUAACUAGCACAAAAUGCGAGUUCUAAACUCAGCCUGGAUGCUGGGCAAGAAAUGAAUGUCUUUCGCGCCCUCAUUCCUUGUGCGUUGCAGCGUAGUUGCUGGGCGGGAGAUGAUCGAAUGACUGGUAGAAUGGGAGCAUCUGCCUCCAACCUGGCAGCAGAGUCUCAGGGCCAAGUUGGUGCUAUGACUCAAACUGCCAGAUAUUCACCUGCUUUUCAACCUGUUGUUGCACCUUCAGGAACAAGUGAACAACUGUCAGUGGCUGUAAGGGAGAGGAAGAAAAAAGCAACUGGGUUUGCAACACUCAGAAAAAGAUUUAUUCGUCGUCGUCGGUCAUCAAAGGCGUGUGAUCACGGGCGUGUAUUACGUGAGCUGGUUGCUGAAUGGGGACCAAUGGAAGUUGGAGCUUUAUUGGAAGAAUACGAGGCAUUGGCAGCCUUGAAGGACCUAUCAGUGCAAGCAGAGUUGGCAAGACCACCAGCCGCUACUUACAAACAAGAUCUGUCAACGUUAUAUGAUUUUAAAUAUUGUACAGAUGCAGAUUUGGUGUUCAGAGGGUUGUGCUUCCCAGUGCAUCGUGCUUUGCUGUCUGCGAGGUGUCCAUAUUUCAGAGACUUGCUUGCUGGCUGUCCAGGAUAUGGAGCACGCAUUUGCCUUGAGCUUAGGACUCCUGGAGUUGAUGUUCAGAUGUUUUCUGCUUUAUUACGAUAUUUAUACACAGGUGACAUCUGUCCUCAUGAUGGUAGUUUGGAUGUUGGUUUGUUACAGAGGCUUGGUGAGGAAUUUGGUAUGCCGAAUCCUCUUGAUCAUGACUUGCGAUAUCUGUUAGAAACGGGUGAUUAUGCUGAUGCUGCUUUGGUUUUUACUUCUGACGGGGAUUAUCAGAGGCCAGACUCAGGAAGUUCUGAAUAUGGCUUUCGGCCAAAACUAGAACUUCCUUGUCAUAAGGCAAUUCUGAGUGCAAGAUCUCCCUUUUUCCGCAAUUUGAUACAGCGUCGUACCCGCUCUGGAGAGGAGCAUACAGAAAGAGCUCUUCAUAUACCAACAAGAAUAGUGUUGGAUGAAAGUGUAAUACCAAAACGUUAUGCUCGUGUGCUGUUACAUGCUGUUUAUUUGGAUACUGUGGACCUUUCAUUAAUACUAAGAGGCAGUGGUUGUGGAAGCAGUGCAGGAAGUUUGGGAGAGGUGCAAGCCCUGACAAAUACUGGUAGAACACGUCCAAGUCCUUUGGAAGAAGCAAUGGAACUUUAUCAGAUUGGCAGAUUCUUGGAACUGGAUAUACUUUCUCAGGGUUGUGAAGAUUUAAUUUUAGAGUGGCUCACUUUGGAAUCACUACCAACAGUAUUGAGAUGGGGAAGCCAACCUCAUGGUUCAGCUUGGGUACACCGUCAGGCUCUUCACUUUUUACGAGAGGAGUUUCAGACAGUGGCACAGUCACCUGUAUUACACCAGCUUGAUAAAUCUCACUUGAUUGAUGCUCUGCACAGUCACUUCUUGCAGGCAAGUGAACUGGAAGUUCUGCAGGCUGUCUUGAAAUGGGGAGAACACGAGCUAAUUCGCCGAAUGGAAGAUCGAGAGCCAAAUCUUCUUAGUCAUACAGCCCAUUCAGUGUCAAGGAAAGGUGUAAAGAAACGUGACCUGAGUGAUGUUGAACUUAGAGAAAUUUUGUCAGAUUUGUUGCCACUGGUACGUAUGGACCAUGUACUGCCUCCAAGUAGUGAAGUACUUAGCCAAGCAAUCAGACGGGGCCUUGUAAGCACGCCACCCAGUCACAUGAUAGGAGAUGAAAGAGAGAACUUGCGCCUAAACGCAUGGAUACGAUGUGGGAAGAAUAAUGGACUUUUUGUUCGGCCUCGUCUGUUCAUGCCGUAUUAUGAAGAAAUAAAGGCACAGCUUGAUGAUCAUAUGCUACAGGAGGUAGAAUUACUUCGAAUACGAAGAGCUCGAUAUGCCCCUGACAUUCCUGAUACGCUGUACAUGGUGGAGGAGAAACCUCGACCAAUGGGUGCAGCUGGUGUUGAUGUUCUAGCUGCAGCACUUCCAGAUGCUGCCACCAUGACAGCUAUGUUAAAAAGGGAGCAGAAGUUAAGACAGUCUCCAAGCUGCCAAAGAGCCAUUGCCUUGCCAUUAUCUAAUCGACAAGAAAUCAAUAAACAAUUAAGACUUCGUGUUGUAAGAGAGUUCAACUUGCCAGACGCUGUCUCUGAUUUGCUAGAGACAGCAGCUUGUUAUUGUGCUCAGGAAGAGGAGGAAGAUGUUGCUAUGGACGGAGAACCAGUUAAGGCACCUGUUGGAAAUAAACAGCCAGUUUGCUCUCCUGGGAUACCGCAAAAUUUUGGCCGGAAUAUGACCUUCCCACGUGGUCACACAAGUUAUUCACAGCGCCACGAGUUGCCAGCCAUUGUCACGGAGGGUGAUGCUUAUAGAAGUCACGGAGAGCCUGAAAGCAGUUCAUGCAGCGAUGGGCACUUAUCGGACAUAAUGCCAGAUGUGGCAAUGGCAACAGCGUCCUUUGGCCAACUGCAGUUACAAGAUGGUCAGGAACUGGAGCUUGACCUCGGUGAUGGAGCAAGCCAUUUGGGAUUUGGAGGCCUCAGCACUGUAUCAACUAGGGGUCCGAGCUCUCGUGCUGCAUCUCACAGUGCUGCACCCUACCAUCGCUACCUGUCUGUUGUCGGUCCCAGCCCUCCCCCUCCAUAUCGUCCAUCACCAUCUCUUGGACAUGGACACUCUACAUACCAUUCAGGUCCACCACGCUUCAUAUAGUCCACUGGUAUUCCCUCUUUUAUUAAAGAGGAGUGCCCAAGCUCAUGGGUGCAAAACUUCUUCUGGUGUUACAGCAGGAUCUGAAUUUCACUGGGAAUGUGUGUUGUUAUGUUCAGACAGCUUCAGUGAUGAUGCAUGUAUUGUAUAACAUGCAAGUAGUAAUUUGUAUGUAUAGAUAGCCACUGCUGGAAUCUGGUAGCAAGUUUCUUUUGUGACAUUUGUAUAAAGUUUAUUGAUAUAACGCUAUUUUAAUGUGAUAGUAACACAUGUGAAAGUGUUAGAGCUGUGUUAUACGUUCAUUUGCGAAAUGAAAUGGAAGCUUGUAAAUAUUGUUACCUUUUUUCAUUUUCAUUACUUUGUUAUUGUUACUGUUACUUUUCUCUCUGUUUUUUUUCUUUUUUUUAAGUAAUAGUUCUGUGAAGCAGAGACUGAGAAAGCACAAGCAUUGGUCAAUGAGUAAUCCUCUGGUGCAGAAUUGCUGGUAGAAAUACUAAUGUCACUUGUAUGUGCUUUGUUCAUUUUCUGCUGACACAAAUUCAAAUCACUCUCUAUUUGCUAUCUGCAUUGAAAUAAUGGCACUGCCAUAAGUACCAGAAAAUU